CUUACGGUCGGCUUUUUUGUGCGCUCUCAGAUUUUUUCAGAAUGUCAGGUCGAGAAGAUUCGGUAGGCAACUUCCGCCUGCUGCUACAUUCGGCCAUUGUGGUUGCGAACGAGUAUGGACAGCCCGUUGGACAACAAUUGCAUGAAGACGAAGCACCAGUAGCCAAAGCCCCUCGCCUCGACCGUCAAGAACAGGAUGAGGAAACCGCGCCGCGUUUACGGGAACGAAUUCUAGAACUAGAAAAGAGAGAAAAGAACCGAAAGGCAGAACCGGUGGAGGCAGUCCUGAGGAAGGAAUCCCCCCCUACUAUCUCACUGGGGCACUUUAAGCCAGAGAUUCCAGAAUGGGAAUAUGCGGUGAAAUUUAAUCCAAUUGCUGCCGAAAAGGUCAAGAGGUUACAGGCGUCUUGGACUACCAUUGGGGAAACUUCUCCUGACUUCACAGCUCAACAAUUCAAACUCAAUCAGGUUGUAAAUGAUGUAUUACUUCUACAAAAAACUCCGGUGCCUUUGGACACUUUGCCUUUAAGGGACCCUGAACACUUUGUCGCUGGACAAUUGCAUCAAAAUAUUGAACUUUGGAGUUCCAUAAUGAACGAUUUCCCAGAGAGCGAGAUGGUUCACACUUGGUUGGAAAAAGGGGUUGAUGUGCAUUCUUUCUUUAGGCCAUUUAAGGGUGAAUUCAAGGGUCAGAAAUACAAUUCAAACGAACCCCCAGUUAGUUUUUUUCCUAACUCUGUCCAUUGUCAGAAACAAGCUGCUUUUAUUUCCGAAACCUUGAAUGAUAGAAUCAAAGCAGGUUCAGUCAGAGUUUGGGGUAAAGUUGGGGAGUGUCCGCCCCCUAAAGUAGUCAUGCCCUUGGUAGUUGAACCUUCAAAGCCGAGAUUAUGCAAUGACCAGAGAUUCCUUAACCUGUGGAUUAAGGAUUCUCCCUUCACAUUAGAUACAUUGAAAGAAGUACCGCGAUUGGUACACAAAGAUGCUCUCAUGUUUGCCACUGAUGAGAAAUCGGGGUAUGACCAUAUUAAAUUAUCGCAAACUUCGCAAACGUAUUUUGGCAUGGAAUGGGCAGGUUGGUACCUAGUUUGUACGACGCUUCCGUUCGGAUGGAAAUCAUCGGCUUAUGUUUAUCAAACUGUAGGCUAUGCAGCUACAACCUUCUUAAGACAUUUGGGGAUCCCAACCAUCCAGUAUAUUGACGACAGAUUCUACGUGGUCCCUAAGAAUAUUGACGCGUCAAGCAUUCCUUUGCUUUGGGUCUUUUUGGUAUUAUAUAUCCUUACAGAACUAGGUUACACGUUCUCCUUGCCAAAAUGUGUUUUGCAACCUAUGAUGGCGCUCAAGUCCUUAGGGUUUCUAGUAGAUUCUAGCAGGCAGGCGUUUCUUCUGCCAUCUGAUAAGAAACAGAAGUUUUAACGUUUUGCGCGAGGAAAUUCUUCGUCAGCCCUUCGUCAGCCUUAAAACGCUACAAAGAUUCGCGGGUAAAUGCAUUUCUAUGAUGUUGGUUUUUCCGGCCGCAAAACUAUUUACGAGAGAGUUGUUUAGCGCAAUAGCCAAAGCUUCGAAAAACAGUAAAACCAUCCCAAUCUCUGGCCCCCUACGGGACGAGAUACA